AUGAACUUCGGAUCGGACAACUGGGCAGGUGCCCAUCCUGAGAUCGCAGCCGGUCUGACCCAGCACGCCGCUGGUUUCGCAAAGCCGUAUGGAGAAUCAGAUAUCGAUGCUACCAUCGAAGAAUCACUCAAAACCGCUUUCGAGCAUGAUCUAUCCGCCUUCUUCGUCGCAACCGGCACCGCCGCCAACUCCCUCGCGCUCACCGCUGUUUCGAAACCAGGCGGAAUCGUCUUCGCCCAUCGCGAGGCUCACAUCGUCGUUGAUGAAUGCGGCGCUCCAGAAUAUCUCUCUGGCCAGCUACGGAUAUGCCAGAUCGAUGGAGAGCAAGGAAAGAUGAACCCAAAGGCACUUCGAAAGGAAGUGGAGCGGAUUGCCUCUUACGACGUCCAUGGCGGCCGUCCCGUCGCCAUCAGCAUCACGAAUCCAACAGAAAGCGGCACAGUGUAUACGUUGGCCGAAAUCGACCAAAUAUCCGUCAUCGCCAAGGAGUUCCAUCUCCCCCUCCACAUGGAUGGCGCACGCUUUGCCAACGGCCUCGUCUCACAAGACUGUACCCCAGCGGAGAUGACCUGGAAACGCGGCGUCGACAUCCUCUCCUUCGGCGCCACCAAAAACGGCUGCUGGUGCGCCGAAGCCGUCCUUUUCUUCAACAAACCCCUCGCACAAGACUUCCGCUUCCUCCGCAAACGAGCCGCACAACUCUUCUCCAAAUCCCGUUUCGUCUCGGCACAAUUGGAAGCCUACCUCAAAGACGACCUCUGGCUGCAAAUCGCCCGCCACUCCAACUCCAUGUGUCGCGAAGUCGCCGCUCUGUUCGAGAAGCGAGAGGGUAUGCGAGUCGUGCGGACCCCGCAGGCGAAUGAGCUUUUCGUCGUCAUGAAGGCUGAGGAUGCGGAGAGGUUGGAGAAGGACGGUGUUGUGUUCUUGCAGUGGCCGGAGGCGGGGAUGGGAGAGGUUAAGAAAGGCGAGGUUGUGGGGAGGUUCGUGACGAGUUUCGCCACGACGGGGGAGAGUGUGAGGGCGCUGGGGAAGUGUCUUGGAGUCGAGGCUGGUAAAGGGACGGUCACCAAUGGUGUUAACGGACACUAA